UUUGAAUUCCUCUAUAAACUUGUGAAUUGUCCACCAAUCGUUUACAAUUCUUAAGCGCAACGUCCCUAUUCAUAUUAUUUAAUAAACCGACUGUCCUGUAUAUGCACAUUGCUUCAAAGAAACUUCUAGUAAAUGUCAAGAUGUCUGUCGAACUCUGCAUUGUCACGUUUUUCUACAUCUUUACGUUUUUCUACACUGAUUAUUUGAUAAACUUCCCUUUCCUGCACAAGACCUUCAAGAAGUAAGAACCAUCAGGAUGGUGUAUCCUCAUUCAUAUCGGACCGAACACAGCGAAACCAAAACUACGAAUUCCGUAUACGGAGACUAUUACGCAUCCACCCAAAGCAGCAAGAUCCAUAUCCAGCCUCAGUUACUCAAAAUCCUCCAGUUUGUCGAUUCGAACAGGACCGAAUUCCUCGAUGACCUAGAGGAGGCGGUGAAGAUCAAAUCUAUAUCCAGCAAAUUGGCGUAUCAAGACGACUCAAAGAAGAUGAUCAAGUUUGUUGAAAAUUGGUUGGACAAGCUCGACGUCAAGUAUGAAUGUUUUAAUAUCGGGUAUCACGUUCUUGAGGGUAAAAAGGUCAGGCUGCCUCCCAUCAUUUUAGGGCGCAUUGGUAAUGAUCCUAAGAAGAAAACGAUAUGUGCCUCACUCCACGUUGACGUUUUGAAUCCUUGCGAGAAACCGUGGUCCACAGAUCCUUGGCAGUUGCAUAGAGUUAAUAAUAAGAAUUACGGUUGUGGAUCCGGUUGCGGUAAAGGGCCACUGAUGUGCUGGUUCCAUGUCUUACAGGCUUUCAAGUUUUGUAAGAUGGAGUUGCCGGUAAACUUGAAAUUCAUUAUCGAGUCCAUGUACCACUCCGACUCGCAGGGACUUGCUGAUUUUGUAGCCACCAGGAGUCAGGACUUUUUUGCUAACGUUGAGCUUGUUAUAGAAGUCGGUUCAGAGUGGUUAGGCGAAAAACAUCCCUGUAUCACCUAUGGGACUGUAGGAAUCCUCCACUUUCAUAUGCAAAUAGAUAAGGUUGACGGAUCUAAAACUGAAAUAAAAGAUGACAUGAACAACAUAUUCAAAACUAUAGUGGAUGAAGAGGGCAAUGUCAUCAUAAAUGGCUUCAACGACUAUGUCGAACAAGUUACGCCAGAUGAAGAAAGAAUGUACGAAAAUAUUGAUUUUGAUGUCGAUGAUGUCAGAGAAUCCUUGCCGCCGCACAAGCAAUCCUGGGACAAAGUCAGGCUUCUGAUGAGCUUCUGGAGACUGCCUUCGAUCUACGUGGGUGACACAGAGGAAUGUAUAUGCGAGAAGAAUGACAAAAAUGUCGUGAAAAGGAACUUCAUUGUAAAAUUGGUACCGAAGCAGACCGUGGAUUCCAGCGUUAACCAGAUGAAGAACCAUAUCCAAGCGUGUGUGAAGAAGUUGAAUAUAGAGAACAAAGUGUCAACACGAUUGGUCUCUUCCACGAGACCUUGGUGCGAGAACGUGAGGGCCAACGCUUACCAGGCGGCCAGAAGGGCGAUUAUUCAAAUAUACAAGGAGGAUCCAAAUCUUAUCAGGGAGGAUAGACCUAGACUAACUGCAACGAUAUUCGACAAUGUCCUAGAAAAGUCGAUGCUUCUCUUACCGCUGUGCUCUCGUGGUUCAAACCUAGGUCAGGCCGAUGAAAAUAUUUCGAAUAAGAAUUACUACGAGGGAACCAAGCUGAUUGGGGCGUUUCUGUUCCAGUAUGCCUCUCCGCGUGUCAAUUGAAUUUGUAUACGUUUACGUGUAAGGGUAUCAAUAAAUAAGGUUAUUUUAUCAACAAAGA